AUGAGUUUAGACUCGCUGUAUCACCAAAUGCUUCUCACUGAGCAGCAUUUAAGCAACCAAACAAAACAGUUCAAAGAUGUGAAAGUGGCCAUCAUCAGGUGUAAGGAGAAGGUCAAAGGUGCUGUUGAGAAGUCUGAGAGGAUCAGCGCCGAGCUGCAGGAGAAGGCCCAGCAGUUGUCUGCAGCGAGGCUGCAGUGCGAUCUGAAGAAGAAGUGUGAGGAGCAGACGCUGAAGCAAAUUGAGGAGCUGCUCUGUCAGAACAGCCAUCUCGGGGAACAUCUAGCCAAGAUAAGGAGGGAAUCCAAAGAAGAAGAGGAAAACUUCCUUCAAGAGAUUUCAAGGUUCAACAGUGACUUCAGUCUUCGGGGAAACAGAGCGACAGUGUUCGAGAGCCAAACACAAACCCACCUCCUGGCCUUGGAGAGGGAGGUGGAAGCAUUACACAAAGAGAUGAAGUUGAUGAGCCGCAGGAACGGCCACAUGAGUUCCAUCGAGGAGGAAAAGAGGGCCCUCGUGCUUGAACUUCAGGCUCUGGAGAACAAAGACAAAGACGUGGAUCGACAGUUGACGGAGGCUCAAGUGACGACACAAUCCCUGAGAUCUGAGAGCCGGUUCGUCAGUCAGAAGCACCUGACUGACAGCACAUGUCUGAGACUGAGGAAAGAGUUGGACACGUAUAAAGAAGGAGAACUGGAACAUCUGAGGGAUGAUCUCAGCUCCCAAAUACAGUUUCUGCAGUCGAAGCUGGACAGCAGCCAGGAUAAAGAGCAGCAGUAG